AUGAUUGAAGAGUUCCCACUUUUUUCAGAGAUUUUGCACUUGUAACCGCCAUUUCGCAAUCGUGCUUUGCAGGCUGUUAAAUCAAGUUAAACUGCUGUUGCGAAUUCAUUCCGAUCGAGUUAUUGUAAUCUGAAAGCGCAGCGCAGCAUUACAAUAUGGUGAAAGUGUUCGUCGGCAAUCUAAGCGGCAGUAGUGUGACGGAACGGGAGUUGCGCGAGGCUUUCGAAGCUGUCGGCCCGGUCACCGACUGCGUAGUUAUGCAACGCGGCGGCUUCGGCUUCGUGCACAUGGAAAACAAGCAAGACGCGAACCAGGCCAUCACCGCCCUGAACGGUACCGAGCUCUGUGGCACGAAACUGAGCGUCGAAAUAUCGCGACCGCGCCGAGGUGACAUUUCAGGCGACGACAACGACGUAAAGAUUUUCAUUGGCAACCUCGACAAAGACAAAGUCACGAAUAAUGACUUAGAAAAUGCGUUCUCGAAGUACGGAGACGUCAGCGAAGCGGUAGUCGUGGACAAAUACGGUUUCGUUCACAUGAGUAACCGAGACGACGCCAAGAUUGCCAUAGGACGACUGCACAAGACGAGUCUUAACGGAUGCCUUGUUGACGUAUGCAUGUCGACUGGCGAAAACCGACGCGGUGGCGGUGAUAGUCGUGGUGGUGGAGGCCGUGGCGGCGGAGGCAGAGACUUUAGCGGUGGACGCCGCGGAAGUGAUCGACGCGACGACCGCGGGGGUGGCGGAAGACGAGAUCCGUACUACGAUGACUACUAUGGGCCGCCGCGUGGUGGUUACGAUUACGGAAGACGUCCACCUCCUCCAGACCCGUAUUACCGAGAUAGAUACGACUCGCGAGACGACGGUUAUGGCCGACGACCUCCACCUCCUCCUCCACCUCGAGGCCGAGAUCCUUACUAUAACGACCCGUACUAUGGACCUCCCCGAGGUGGCGAUUCUUACGGCUAUCCACCAGCAAGAGACUCGUAUGCAGAUUACGGACCGUCUUACGACCGCGGAGCUCCUCCCCCGAGAAGAGACGAAGGUGGUCCUCGAGGUAGUCGGUACCCACCACCUCCGAUGGGCCGUGAGACUGCGCCUGAUCCAUAUCCACCUCGACGAGACGAGUACGCAGCUCCUCCUAGAUCCGAUUAUGGCGCUGCUCCGCGUUCCGACUACCCAGAUACGUACGCUCGAGGACGACAAAUACCACAGCAUGAAAAUUUCGCUGAAGAUAGUUACGGAUCAUCGAGAGCGGGAGGUUCCGGUGGUCUAUACAACACGUUGAGUUCAGGGAUGGCGCCGUCUGGACUCAGUGAGUAUCCCGGAGAAAAGAGACCGGUUGCCUCGGAAUCAUAUGGGUACUCCUCUGGCGGGCCGCCGCCGGCGAAGCGAAGCGCGUACGGAACUGCGGACCUGGGAUCUUACGGAUAUUAAAACUGAAGUUCUUUUUACCAAGUGAUUGCACUAAAAUAUUGAAAACGCAGUUUCCAAUUUACUACCGCAAUAGAUUGAUUUUACAAUCAAGCUAGUUAUUUUAAACAUAUUGCUGUUAAGUAUGUCGUUGUGUUGUCUUUGAAUAACCUCUCUCCUUUGAAAUAUAGUAUUUGAUUGCUGA